AUUUGAGAAUUCCGUUGUUAACCGUAAGGGUUCGUCGCUGCCAGUGAUAGAGUACGAAGAAAAUGUAAUUGAAAUUAAAUUGCGGGCGCUACUGAAAAGCUAAGUGCGCCGUGGAUAGUUAUACUGAUAUUUUGAGAAAAGGAUAUAGAUAUUGGUCAAAUUUAUAUUUCAUUGUUUGCAAAUUUCGAAACAAAGUUAAAAGUGUCUGCCGGUAUUGAUUUCAUACCAAGGUUACCAAAAAUAAGGAUACCAAUAAAAUGCUGUUCAACUUUUGCAAGAACUCGGAGGGUGUUUUUAACAGCGCCUAUCGCAUGCAAUUAUUGGCGGCAGUCAGUGUUACCAUAAUAACGUUUUGCAAUGGCAUUGGCCUUGGCUGGUGCGCGCCCAUGUUAGCCAAAUUGCAAUCGGCCAGCGAAAGUCCCCUUGAUUUUACCGCUACGGUGCAGCAGACAUCAUGGAUCGGUUCAUUGGUUUGCGUUGGCGGUAUCAUUGGAAAUGUGCUCUUUGGCGUGCUGUUGGAUCGGAUCGGUCGCAAAGCUUGCAUUUAUCUUCUUGCAAUACCACAUAUGUGCUUCUGGAUAUUAGUCUACGUCGCGCCAUCCAUUGAAUACCUGUAUGCUGCACGAUUCACUUCCGGUGUGACUGGCGGUGGCACUUGGGUUGUGUUACCGAUUUACAUCGGAGAAAUCGCAGAUCCGAAUAUACGCGGUCGUCUUACCUCACUGUUUACACUCUUCCUCAACGUUGGCAUGUUGAUUGGUUAUACCCUUUCAUCGUAUGUACCUUAUCACAUUAUACCAAUUGCGGUAAUAUUGCUACCUCUGCUAUAUCUACUAAUUGAAAUCUACUUUCCCGAAACACCCUCGUACCUGCUGCAUUGCGGAAAAGAGGAGGAAGCAAAGAAAUCUUUGAAAUUCUACUCGAACUAUACAGCUUCAACCAAAGUGGAGAUGGAGAAAUUCAACAUUAAAUAUGAGGAAUUGAAAACUGCCGUACAACAACAAAAAUCACAAUCGGACGCGGUCACACUGCGCGAUUUCUUCACGAAGCGCGCUCUACGCACCUUAGGCAUAGCCAAUAUGGUCUUCCUCAUCAGUAUAUUAACCGGAAGCUAUGCGUUGCUCAGCUACAUGUCCACAGUUUUUGUGGCUGUUAAAACCGAUAUUCAUCCCGACACGAACACCGUCAUUAUCGGUGUGGUUCAAAUUCUGGGCGCAUAUAUUGCCAUCAUUUUGGUCGAUCGUUUUGGGCGCAAAGUGUUACUCAUGAUCUCCUCAGCUUCCACAGGCAUUUGUUUGGCAGCUUUUGGUACGUACGCAUUCUUCGUGGAAGAAACAAGUGUGGAUCUUACACCAUAUAGCUCAUGGCUGGCACUCGUACUCAUGGCGCUGAUUAUACUCACGGCAAAUGUGGGCAAGAUACCAGUACCCGCAGUCGUUGUCGUGGAGAUUUUGCCGCCAAAGAUUCGAGCAAAUGGUGUAUCGUUUAGCGUGGCAAUGUUGAGCAUAUUCGCUUUUACCAUGCUGAAAGUGUUCCCACCAUGUAUGGAAGCUUUCGGUUUGGCAACGACAAUUUGGGGAUUUGCGGUAUUCUCUGCCUUAGGUCUUUUAUAUAUAACAAUAUUUGUGCCAGAGACGAAAGGAAGGUCCAUGAACGUAGACGAAAACUAAUAGACAACUCAACUAGCAACUGAACUCAUUUACUGUUAUCAGCUUAUCACAUCAUAAUCAUAAAAAGAUUAUGGAUAUUUUAUGUGUAUAUAUAAGUAUAAGAAUCUUCAGCUGGUAUUUCACCACUUUGUGUAUUUAAAAAGAACAUGACUUCUCUCUUUUUAAUGUGAUCUAUACUACUAUUAUAUAGAGAAAAUAUGUGAAUGUAUGUUUGUAAUAAAUAAACUCAAAAACUA